GAGCUUUCCAGAAUACGGGUGUGAAAAAAACCACAGUGUGGGCUACACGUAGCGAGAGAGGAAGGAAAAUAUCGAUUGUGUUGCGAAGAAAAUCCGGAGAAGUGCCAUGGAGGUUCGGAGUGUGUGGUGUGUGUUGCUGAUCAGCUGCCUGCUCCACAAGAACUCGGCUAACAAUGACUUCUUCACUUCCAUCGGCCAGAUGACAGACCUACUGUUUACGGAGAAGGAUCUGGUGACCUCCCUGAAAGACUACAUCAAAGCAGAAGAGAGCAAGCUGGAGCAGGUUAAACAGUGGGCCGAGAAACUGGACGCUUUAACGGCCACAGCGACACAGGACCCCGAAGGUUUCCUUGGUCACCCGGUCAACGCCUUCAAACUGAUGAAGAGGCUGAACACAGAGUGGGGCGAGGUGGAGAACCUGGUGCUCAGGGACAUGUCUGAUGGUUUCAUCUCCAACCUGACCAUCCAGCGGCAGCACUUCCCCAACGACGAGGACCAGACGGGAGCAGCCAAGGCGCUGCUCAGGCUGCAGGACACCUACAAGCUGGACACACAGACCAUCUCCACUGGUGACCUGCCUGGCAUUUCCUCAGAGCUGCCCUAUAAGAGCUCUCUAACAGUGGAAGACUGUUUUGAGCUGGGGAAGAUCGCAUACUCAGAAGCAGAUUACUACCACACGGAGCUAUGGAUGGCGCAGGCUCUCCGACAGUUGGAUGAAGGAGAGGAAUCCAGCAUUGACACAGUGACUGUACUGGACUACCUCAGCUACUCCAUCUACCAGCAGGGUGAACUGGAGAGAGCACUGGAAUACACUAAGAGACUUCUGUCUCUGGAUCCAGAUCAUCAGAGAGCCAACGGCAACCUGAAGUACUUUGAGUACCAGCUGGCCAAGCAGAGGAAAGUAGAGAGGGAGCAGAAAGUAAAGGAGGAGAAAAAAGAGAGAGAGAAGAGGGAGGUGGACAAAAAGAAGAAUUUCCUUCCAGAGAAGAGGAAGUACGAGCAGCUUUGCAGGGGAGAAGGGAUCAAACUGACCCCGCGCAGACAGAGCCGGCUCUUCUGUCGCCUCUUUGACAACAAAAGACACCCGUAUUACCUGCUUGGCCCGGUGAAACAGGAGGACGAGUGGGACCGGCCACGCAUCGUCCGCUACCACGACAUCAUCAACGAGAGAGAGAUGGAGAAGGUGAAGGAACUGGCCAAGCCCAGGCUGCGCCGAGCCACCAUCUCCAACCCCAUCACUGGUGUGCUGGAAACUGCCCACUAUCGCAUCAGCAAAAGGAGAGCCACCGUGCAUGACCCCCAAACAGGGAAACUCACCACAGCCCAGUACAGAGUCUCCAAGAGUGCUUGGUUAGCAGCCUACGAGCAUCCAGUGGUGGACCGCAUUAAUCAGAGAAUCCAGGACCUCACAGGCCUCGACGUCACCACAGCAGAGGAGCUGCAGGUAGCUAAUUAUGGUGUAGGAGGCCAGUAUGAACCUCAUUUUGACUUUGGACGGAAAGACGAGCCGGAUGCCUUUAAAGAGUUGGGCACAGGAAACCGCAUUGCCACCUGGCUCUUCUACAUGAGCGAUGUGGCAGCAGGGGGCGCCACAGUCUUCCCUGAAGCAGGAGCAGCAGUAAAGCCAAUGAAGGGCACAGCAGUGUUCUGGUAUAAUCUGUUCCCCAGUGGAGAGGGGGACUACAGCACGAGGCACGCCGCCUGUCCAGUACUGGUGGGGAACAAGUGGGUUUCAAAUAAAUGGAUCCACGAGAGAGGCCAGGAGUUCCGAAGGCCCUGCGGCCUGCUGCCGUCAGACUGACCCCUCCUGCGUCGUCCCCUUCUCUCCCUCGUUUGCGUGUGACUCUGUGGACUGAGAGCUUUGAGACGUUCCCGAUUUCCCCCACCAAAUGCACACCAACUGCUGCGUUGGCCUUCAGCAGCCGACGCGUCUGCCUUUAAAUCAGUUUUGUUUUCAUUUGAGAUGAAUGUCAGUAUGUCUGAAUUGUGUUGAUGCCUUUAGUGCCUUUUGUCAUUUCACACACGAGCAGCUUGUGCCUCUUUACAUCACUCCAUCCUGCAUGGGGCCUUAAAGUUACACUCCAGCAUCCAUCAGCACCAUCGCUGUCCAACAUAUCUGUAGUGUACGGUCAGUUACCACAGACAAUCACCUCUCCAAGAGUCCGUCUCAUAGAAAAAGACAGAAAAUCUGAUGACUCCAAACUCACUUAUAGUACAAGCCGAUGGGCAGAUGCUGAAUUUAAUAAACAUUUAUGUGAAACGUGUAUUUUUGUCUCAUGAAUUCUUCAGGAGGUACGAGGUUCAUAAGUUUGGAGACUGGAAUGUGAAAGAAAUCAGAGUAAGAGUUCACAUGCACUGAGAAAUCUGAAUACUGAGCUAGUUUCUAGAUCAGAGUAUGCUGUUUACAUGACCAUACAUGAAUAAUCGGAUAACUGCAGGCAUCCAAUCGGAUUAUCGAGUGCAUGUAAACACUCAUUGUUUAAAUAAUAUACAACCAAAUUUGACGGUUCAAAUACUGAUUGUUAAUUGGUUUCAAACUAUUUGAUGAAAUGGAGCUGUAGAUGAUUAAGUUUUUUAUGCGGAAUACCUCGAAUUUGAAAACUAGUGAAUUCUCGCUGAUCAAAUAGCUGUUCGUGGGUAUUUUAUGGCAGAAAAUUUGUGCAAACAGAUAAGGUUUUUGAUUUAAUAACUGUUUUCUUUGGUCAUGUCAUAUUUUCUCAGUGUUCUCAACAUACUUUAAAUUUGUGGGUAAACUAUUUUUGUUGGCUUUUAACAUCUCAAGUCAUACAAGUUAUAGUUGAUUAAAAAAAAGUGAUUCUAAACUUUUGUAUAUUCGUAAAUUAAGCUGUAUUCUGUAUAAUUAGUUUAUUCAGAGAUGGGAAUAGUUUUCCAGAGGAAAGAAUUUGUGUUCAUUUGUUACCAGUGUAGAGAUGUGGGUGGAGUUUUCCCUAUUAAACCCUUAGGAAAACUUACUGUAAAACUGGUUAAAGAACAGCUUUCUCCUAGUCUGUUUCAUGACUUCUAAAAGUCAAAAGUUUAAAAGUUUCAAUGUUUCGAUUUUGUGAUAUGUAGUCAACCAUUUAUUUCCAAUAUUCAGCAACUGCCCAUUGGCUUCCAAGUGAUUUUAGCAUCAACAGGCUUUGUGCUUUCCUAAUGCUUAGAAAACUAAAUGCUGCGCAAUUAAAGCUCAUAACUCAAUUUCCCAACUCCAACUAGGAAAAAUAGCAAAGAAAACGCCCCCUCACCUGGAAAUUCCCACUCGGAAAGUCAGAAUGGAGUUUUCAACUCGGCAUGGCUGCUCACAACUUUGACAUUGACAAUAAAUUUGACAAUAAAUAUUUUCUACUUUUAAAUGAAUUUGCUUUAGAUUUGCCGACAUACAGAAACGGUAAUCGGUUAAAUUUAUAACACUGAAAGAGACCUACAUUUAUAACACUGGGAAUUUCUGACCUCCGACUAAGAAAAAAACAACUUCUCCAACUGGGAAUUCCUACUCAGAAAGUCAGGAAGAUGCUUUCAACGUUAGAUUUCAUAUCAACACCACCACCAGUAAUAAAGUAGCUCUACUUUUAAA